AUCAUCUGUUGUUUCUGGCGAGAAAUAUUUUGUCUAUUGAGCUGCAAUAUGCAUAUCUGUUACCCUCUGCCUUCUCGCUUGUCAUCAGAUUGCAUAUUUUUCUCAGUUUCUCCAGUUUAUAUCUGUGUUUACUGGCGUGGCUAUAGAAAGGGAACACCUUACAUUUGUUGCCAGCAAAUAGUUCCCCUGGGGAAACUCUACGUUAAGCAGGUUGAGCCACUGAUAAAUUAACUGAAAGGUGAGCUUUGCAUUCUGCUACUUCUUUACCUGUUGGGUCUACAAAGAACUCAGCAUGGAGAGAUUGCUUCAGAUCAUCAGAAUAGCUUAUCGGUUUGUGCAGAAGACUUUGAUUCUUUGUGCUCUUUUUCUAUAUGUUGUUGUGGGAAGAGUGUUCAUGUUUCUGUUUCCAAAGACCAUGGCAUCUGUGCUGAAAUCUCGCUUUGAAAUGAUUGGACAUGACCCAAAGUUUCAGUAUGAAGAUUGGGGUCCUUCCAUCUUCACAUUCAAGUUUCUGAAGUCUAUUUUGCAAAUCAUGUGGCUUCGCCUGGAAGAUGAAGCAUUCCUGGGUCAGGCAGCUCCCAAUACUCCAGUUGUGGACCUCAAUGGGGAAGUGCAUAAUUUGUUGGACUAUCUUAAGGGUCAGCGUCCUUUGGUUUUAAGUUUUGGGAGUUGUACCUGACCACCGUUCCUCUUCAAGCUUGGAGAGUUUAAUAAGCUCGUCCAGGAUUUCAGAUCUGUGGCAGACUUUUUGAUCAUCUACAUUGAUGAGGCCCAUGCAGCAGAUGAAUGGGCCUUGAAAAACAACGUACAUAUUAAGAAACACCAAAGCAUCCAAGAUCGACUUACUGCUGCGAGGCGUCUUCUGGAGGAAUCGCCGUCUUGUCCUGUGGUAUUAGACUCCAUGGAGAAUCUGUGCAGUGCUAAAUAUGCAGCUCUCCCGGAGAGGCUUUACAUCUUGCAAGAAGGCAAGAUCACUUACAAGGGCCAGAUGGGUCCCUGGGGCUACAAGCCAGAAGAAGUACGCUUUAUUCUUGAAAAGAUGGACUAACCCAGGCCCAUGCUCAGUGUCUUUAUGAACCACAGUUUCCAAACAUGAUCUAAAUAUGAACUCAGAACCAAACACCACAAUUAAUUUGUUUGUGAUGGUUGCAGCUUAAAGCAUGUCCGGCUUCUACCUGAUAUUGCAAGUAAUUGUAGAUGUUGUGUGUUCAGAAUGUCAAAAAAUUAAUUAAAAUGUUUUAACAAAA